AUGGAGGAUAAAUUAAAUGCAACAUAUAUAACCCUUGGUGGACAUGUAGAAUUGCAGAAAUACAGAUAUCUUUACUUUGUGGUCAUGUUUACAUUAUAUAUUCUCAUAAUCUGCUGUAAUUCUACGAUUGUGAGCCUUAUUGUGAUCCACAAAAACCUCCAUGAGCCGAUGUACAUUUUCAUAGCAGCUUUGUUGAUCAACUCUAUUCUUUAUAGCACUAAUAUCUACCCAAAGCUUUUAAUUGACUUUAUGUCUGAAAAACAAGUCAUUUAUUUUCAAGCCUGUCUCUUCCAAACUUUUGUAUACUAUACUCUGGCCACCUCAGAGUUCUUACUGUUGGCAGUCAUGGCCUAUGACAGGUAUGUGUCUAUAUGUAAACCUCUGCAGUAUCAAACUAUAUUGACAAAAACAACUGUCAGUGUCCUUCUCAUUUUAGCUUGGCUUAUGCCUGCUUGUGAGAUUGCAGUGUCAGUCGCUCUGAAUGCUAAUAUAAAACUCUGUACCUUUACUUUAAAAAGUAUUUUUUGUAACAAUUCAAUUUACAAAAGUCAGUGUGUGAGUUCAGUAGCACUAUCUAUUUAUGGUGUUUUUAUGUUGGUAAAUAUUGCACUGUUCCCUGUCCUUUUCAUACUUUUUACAUACACCAGGAUACUUAUUAUAUUGUACCAAAGUAAUAAAAUAUUCAGGAGAAAAGCUGUACAGACCUGUUUACCUCACCUGCUGGUUUUAAUCAGCUUUUCCUGUUUCUUCAUUUAUGAUAUUAUUAUAGUGAAACUGGAAUCAGAUUUCUCAAUAACUGCUCGUUUAAUAAUGACUUUACAAGUGAUUGUGUAUCAUCCUCUCUUAAACCCAAUCAUAUAUGGAGUAAAGAUGAAAAAAAUCUCUAUACACCUCAAGCGUUUGUUGUACACUUGUGGUUUCAGAUCUAAUCGCACUAAUAUAUCCACACUGUGA